CCAGGCCGGCAUUAGGACCGCGCGGACCCGUCCGGGAGGCCCCGCAGCGCCUGAGUCACGGCCCCGCCCUGCGGAACGGGACGCGGUCGGAGGUCCCGAAGCAGUUCGGACAGGCGGACCCGCGGACGCGUAAGAAUCUUGAGUCUCAGCCAUGUUCCUGGUUAACUCCUUCCUGAAGGGCGGCGGCGGCGGCGGUGGCGGCGGCGGCGGUGGGGGCUUGGGCAAUGUGCUCGGAGGCCUGAUCAGCGGGGCCGCGGGCGGUGGGGGCGGUGGCGGGGGAGGAGGGGGCCUGGGCAAUGUGAUCGGAGGCCUGAUCAGCGGCGGUGGCGGUGGAGGCGGCGGUGGCGGUGGAGGCGGCGGCGGCGGCGGCGGCGGCGGCGGCACUGCCAUGCGUAUCCUGGGCGGGGUCAUCAGCGCUAUCAGCGAAGCCGCUGCGCAGUACAAUCCAGAGCCCCCGCCCCCACGCACCCAUUACUCCAACAUUGAGGCCAAUGAGAGUGAGGAGGUCCGACAGUUUCGGAGGCUUUUUGCCCAACUGGCUGGAGACGACAUGGAGGUCAGUGCCACAGAACUCAUGAACAUUCUCAACAAGAUCGUGACACGCCAUCCGGAUUUGAAGACUGAUGGUUUUGGCAUUGACACAUGUCGCAGUAUGGUGGCCGUGAUGGAUAGUGACACCACAGGCAAGCUGGGUUUCGAGGAAUUCAAGUACUUGUGGAACAAUAUCAAAAAGUGGCAGGCCAUAUACAAACAGUUUGAUGUAGACCGUUCGGGGACCAUCAGCAGCAGUGAACUCCCAGGGGCCUUUCAGGCAGCAGGGUUCCAACUGAACGAGCAUCUCUACAACAUGAUCAUCCGCCGCUACUCAGAUGAGGGAGGGAACAUGGACUUUGACAAUUUCAUCAGUUGUCUCGUCAGACUGGAUGCCAUGUUCCGUGCCUUCAAAUCUCUGGACAAAGAUGGCACUGGUCAGAUCCAGGUGAACAUCCAGGAGUGGCUGCAGCUGACCAUGUAUUCCUGAGAGGGCCCCCCAGCCCCGCCUCUGCGUCACCUUGCUGUAGGAGUCACCUUGGACCCUUCCAGUCUUUCCCAGAGCUGAUCCCGUCCGUGGCCACGUCUUCCUAGAUCCUGUUGAGAUCCACCGGCCUUUCCCACCUCCAGCCCUGCCCCAAGAUUACCCUCUGGCCUCCUGAGACACAGGCCUGGACUCAGUCACCCAACCCCCAUGCCUCCAUCUCACUCCCAUUUCCUUAACUUCCUGUGCACCUGUGCCAAGCCCAGCCCUGUGUGGCUUCCACACCCUGCGGGCCUACCUGCCUUCUGUGGGUUCUGGGCGGAUCACUCCAUACCCGCUGGCACACCCAAUCCCAGGCAGCUCAGCGCCCCAGUGCCUUUGUAUUCUGCUCCGGCCUGCCAGGUGCAGGAAGAAAUAAAUGCACCCCAGUUGCUGCUC